AUGGAGGAAAGAAGUAGAACUACAACCAUAUUCAUUCUCUUACUUGUUUCACUCCACAUUCAGAAAACCCACAAUGCUGAAAUCGACAUCAUUACAGAUUCAUUGUUCCUGACAGAAGAAGACACGUUGGUCUCGCCGGCCGGAGUUUUCGAACUGGGCUUUUUCCGGCCAGGUGGGUCUGAUGAGAACAGGUACCUUGGCAUUUGGUACAAGAAAAUCUCUGUUCAAACAGUGGUUUGGGUUGCCAACAGAAAUUUCUCACUCACCCUUCCGUCAUCACGUUAUCUUUUAAAGAUCGCCGAUCCCGGAGUUCUUGUCCUCAUGAACAACAUUACCAACGAUGUAGUCUGGUCAACAAACACAACAUCAUCAGCCAACACAAUUGCACAUCUUGACGACACCGGAAACCUAGUUGUUACAGACAAGAAGAUGAUUGUCUGGCAAAGUUUUGAUUAUCCCACUGAUACUCUUCUACCUGGCAUGAAGUUUGGGAAAGAUUUCUUGACCGGAAAGGAAUGGUAUCUCUCAUCAUGGAAAUCUAGCCAAGAUCCAUCACCCGGUGAGUUCACCUGGUCCGUUGACGCACGUAGUUAUCCACAGAACCUACUAAAAGAUGGUUCGGCGAUCAAGUUCCGGGGUGGACCAUGGAAUGGUCUACGAUUCAGUGGGGCUUCUGGUUUGCAUAAGAACACGAUCUUUACAUACAACGUGGUUAUUAACGAAACUGAAGUGAUUUUUACUUAUGAUCUUUAUAACACUUCUCGUGUAUCGAGGCUGGUCUUGACUCCUUCUGGGGUUGUAGAACGUUUGGUGUGGGUGGAAGAUGAAAAGAAAUGGCAGAUGAUUCUCGAGUUACCGAAAGAUUUAUGUGAUUCAUACAACAUCUGUGGUGGUUAUGGAAGUUGCAGCUCUGUGACCUUGUCGAGAUGUGUGUGUUUAGAUGGCACAAGACUUUUGCCCAGAAACCCUAAGGGUUGGGAGACAUCAGAUUGGUCUGGUGGUUGUGUUAGGAGAAGAUCAUUGGAUUGUGAAAAUGGAUCAGAUGUGUUCAUUAAGUAUUCUAAUGUAAAGUUGCCAGAUACACAUACUAGUUGGUUUAACAGGAGUAAGAAUCUGAAGGAGUGUGAAGAAAUGUGCCUGAAGAAUUGUAGUUGUAUGGCUUAUGCAAAUAUGGACAUUAGAGGGGAAGGAAGUGGCUGCUUGCUUUGGUUUAAUGACCUCAUAGACAUUAGAGUAUACUUUGAUGGCAAUGGUGGUCAGGAUGUCUUUGUAAGAAUGGCUUCUUCUGAAUUAGGUAAUUAUCUCUAG